UAUAGUUUAGUACAAAAACUAAUACUAGUAGAAUUUUCAUAUAAAUAUGGAAGGAAUGCGCGAUAACCAGAAGAAAAGGUUUGCAGUUGUUGGUGUCUGUUACAUUCUUCUUAUCGCUGUGGUCCGAACCGAUGCGGUCGGUAUAACGCGCGGUGGCUUUGGAGGACCAGGAGAACAAAAUGGAAAAAUCUUUACCCCACAAAAGGAUGUUGAUAGUCUUUGUAAAUCAGACCCCGAAAAAUGUAACACGAAACUAGGAAGAUUAUUUAAGGGAACAAUGACAAUAAAAGAUACUAUAAAAAAAGCACUCAUUGAAGACGCUGGGGAGUUACAGAGACACAUAGACACUCGAGUUCUUUAUAAGGAAUUGGCAGUCGACAAAAGGUCGGAAGACGCUGUGCGAAUUUGCGACGAAGUAAUGGAUGAUGCUAUUGAUGGAGUUAAUAAAUCUGUUGGUGAAUUAGACACAGUAGAUUUCAAUAAGUUGAGUGACUUUGUUUUCGAUCUUCAAGUUUGGAUGACUGCUACACUUACAGAUCAACAAACAUGUUUGGAUACUUUUGAAAAAGUAAACAAAAAAGGUAGUCAGAGAUUGGCUGAGGUUAUGAACACUUCUAUGAGUUUAAGCAAAACUGCUAUUGACAUGCUUAAUUCUGUUUCCGAAGUACUUAAGGAUUUUGGUCAAACUCCAGUUGGUCUUCACACUCACAGGAGGCUUUUAUCCGAUGAACCCGAAAAACAUUUUGAUAGUUAUCCUACAUGGGUUAGUGAAGGACAAAGACGACUUCUUGCUGCUUCAAGUGUUAAGCCAGAUGCUGUUGUGGCGCAAGAUGGUAGUGGGCAGUUUAAAACCGUUGCCGAAGCUCUUAAGACUGUUCCGCCAAAUAAUGCAAAACCUUUUAUCAUUUAUGUUAAGGCGGGUACUUAUAAAGAGGUUGUUAUUAUUCCUCUAAAGAUGGAUUAUGUUACCAUCAUAGGUGAUGGUCCUACAAAAACCAGAUUCACUGGUAGCCUCAAUUUCGCUGAUGGCGUCCUAACUUAUGACAGUGCAACUUUCGGUGUGAAUGGUGCAAACUUCGUGGGAAAGGAUAUAGGCAUUGAAAACACAGCGGGACCAGCUAAACAGCAAGCUGUGGCACUGAGAGUUUCAGGAGAUAUGGCAGUAUUCUACAACUGUCAAAUAGAUGGUUACCAAGACACACUCUUCGCCCUAGCCCUACGGCAAUUCUACCGUGAUUGUACCAUCUCUGGUACAAUCGACUUCAUCUUCGGGGACCCCUUUGCAGUUUUCCAAAACUGCAAAAUUGUAGUUAGAAAACCAUUACUAGGCCAAGCAUGUUUAGUAACAGCUGGUGGAAGACUCUCAGCGAGCACUCAAACUGCACUUGUUUUCCAAAGUUGUCAUUUCACGGGUGAACCUGCAUUAGCAUCAGUGACACCCAAAAUAUCUUUCCUAGGAAGACCAUGGAAACCAUACUCCAAAGUUGUGAUAAUGGACUCAGUUAUAGAUGAUGUCUUUCUCCCUGAAGGUUACCAAGCAUGGAUGGGAACUGAUUUUAUGGACACAGCUACUUUUUUGGAGUAUAACAAUAAAGGUCCUGGUGCUGACUUCAAAGCAAGAGUGAAGUGGCCUAAUGUUAAAGCUUUAACUGCGGUUGAGGCUGCUGCUUUUUACCCUGGCAAAUUUCUUCAAGUUUCUGGUACACCUUGGAUGACAAGUUCUGGGGUACCUUGUUCUCUUGGUCCUAUGAGUGGCGGUUCUGCCGGUUCUUCUGCUUCGUCUACUCCAAUUAUUGAGUCUGGGCCUUCUUCGUCUUCUCCAGCGUCUGCUCCAGUUACUGCGUCUGCACCUUCUUCGUCUUCUCCAGCGUCAGCUCCUUCUAAGUCUUCUCCAGUUACUGCGUCUGCACCUUCUUCGUCUUCUCCGGUUACUGCGUCUGCGCCUUCUAAGCCUUCUUAAUCUUCUUAAAUUUGGUUAACAAAGUUAAAGAUAAGAACAACACCAUGAGCGGUGUUGUAAAUAUUAGAUUGUAAAUAGUAAUUAUUUCUAUUAGUAAUGAGGCCCAUUAGUCAAAGCCCAUUAGGUUUUCUAUUCUCUCUUAUUUAAAGCAUGUAGAUGUAACAUGUAAGAAUCACUUUUUAAUAUAUCAGUAAAAUAUUUUACAACAUGGUAUCAAGAGCUCUCGAUUUU